AUGGCCUCCAACGCAAAGUCCUUCCAGAAAGUGCUGGAUUCAACAGCACUUGCGGCCACGAAAUUCAUCCGCCGACCACCGAUCGACCCGAAAACACCUAUUCAAGGGCAGACCCGUGUACCAGGCUCAAAUGCAUUCAGAGAUCAGCAGGACAAGGAAGGUCGCCGGUUACAGAAGGCCUUGAACUCGCUCACUCACGGCAAAAACAUCUUCGUGUACCAACACCUCCGCACAAAACAGGUCGUGUACUCAUUGACUCGUUACUUGGAGAAAAACAACCUCAUCAAGCAAUGUGUCAACCAUGGCAAGAAGACCAUCCCCUCCACAAUCCGCAAGGAUAUGUGGGCGCCUUACUUCUCCGUGCAUUUCAAUGAGGCGCAAGUUGGACUGAACGUCUACAACCACCUGCGUCAAUUCGCCCUUCUCCGCCAGCUCUCCCCACCCAAGGAAAUGAUCACCGUGACAAAAGAAUACCUCGACUCGAAGCGUCCCACAGACCUUAGGGAUCAGAAGCAAUGGGACAAGGAAAACAUGGGACGAGUGGGCCAGAUCAUGAUGAAGAAAGAGCGUGCUUACGCCCUCAUGAACCAGAAGGCCACCUCCAUCGCCGAUGUUGCUUUCGUUCUGCAGAAGCACAGGGAUCACAUCUUGCAGGGUUUCCCCGAUAGCUCCAAGUCCGGUUACAAGACCGUCAAGGCCCGUAGACGCAGGCGUGAGGCGCUUGCGCAGGAGGCUGAGCAGGCCGAGGCUCGUGAGGAUGAGGUCGCAUCCUUGGAGCAGCAGCUGCAGGUUAAGAUUAGUACUGAUCACAACGCACCACGGGAGCAGACUGUCAAGAUCUUGUGGCAGGAUACCUAUGAUGCGCAGUGUGCGAAGAGCUGGCCCGAUUACAUUGAGCACGGUCAGCUGCGCUGGACUCGCAACCACAUCAUUGGCCAGGAAGAUGCUCUGGCCACUAGCGAGAUCAUCGCCGAUGGUUCGUUCGAGGAGGCCCCGGUCCCCGCUCAGAAGUAG